AUGCCCCUUGUCGUCCCCGGCAUCAACAACACCAGCGGCGGUUCGAGCCAGGAUGAGUGGGCGAAUAAGUUGAUGGGCAAGACGGUUACGGAGGGGUCGAGUGAUGUGAAUUCCUUCGCGAAGCAAGAUCUGCCCAAGACCCACCGGAUCGUCAAGCCCGGAGAUGCCAUGACGAUGGACCACAAUCCUGAUCGGUUGAACGUCCAUGUUGACGAGAACGGGACUGUCCACAAUGUGAACUACGGUUAAGUGGUGGGGUUGGAUUUUACAUGGAUUGAUGAUUAUGACUCCUUUCUAAUGAUUCAUGUUGUAUUGUGAGAGACGAUGGUGAAAGAUUCUUGCAUUCCCUGAAUGGUAAAUAUGACUUCUAGUUUUUGUUGCAUGAGGGAUAUGAUAAUGUCAUGAUGUGGCCGUUUCUUU